GAAUGGUUGGGGGCCUAUAAAAGGGCCCUCCCGCAAAGGGACAAGCAAUCAAACGAUUUCCACUGGUUGUGUCGGUUGUUCCACAGAUCCAUAGGUUGUUCCGACAAUGAAAUACAUUCUUCUGCUUAUCCUGAUUGGCCUCAUGGCCCUGGCUAGUGCUCUGGUGCACAAAGUUAAUUUGGGAAAGAGUGCAGAUGGCAAGGGCUGCAAGACACCAAAGGGUGACAUCUUGCCGGGUAAUUCGGUGCAAGACGACAAAGUUUGCGGCAUCUUUUCUUGCAGUAACGAUUCUGGGAACGGCAUCAUCCACUACUGCCAAAUCCCAGCAACAUUCGCAGAGUGCGCUGGUAUUGGCGUGUCGACAACGAUCGACUAUCCCGACUGCUGUUGGAUAUGCCACAAGGAUGACUGCAGCAAGGUGGCGGGAACAGGAGAUACAAAAGCACCAGCACGGGCGCCCACACAGAAGCCCCCACUUUAAGGCUCUUCAACGAUAAUUGGUCCAAGGCAGCCCACGGCAACGAACUCUCUUCACUUAGACUUCCACAAAAGUUCUGAUAAAAAUCUCUUGCAAAU